CGCGUCGUGUGCGGCCCCGGCUUGCGGCGUUGUGGCGACCGCCUGCUGGUCACCAAGUGCGGCCGCCUCCGGCACAAGGAGCCCGGCGGCAGCGGCGGCGGCGGCGUUUACUGGGUGGACUCGCAGCAGAAGCGGUAUGUCCCAGUGAAAGGAGACCAUGUGAUUGGCAUAGUGACGGCUAAAUCUGGAGAUAUAUUUAAAAUCGAUGUUGGAGGGAGCGAGCCAGCGUCUUUGUCUUACUUGGCAUUUGAAGGUGCAACUAAAAGAAACAGACCAAAUGUGCAGGUUGGAGAUCUCAUUUAUGGACAAUUUGUGGUUGCUAAUAAAGAUAUGGAACCAGAGAUGGUUUGUAUUGACAGCUGUGGACGAGCCAACGGAAUGGGUGUGAUUGGACAGGAUGGUCUACUUUUUAAAGUGACUUUGGGCUUAAUUAGAAAGCUGCUAGCUCCAGACUGUGAAAUCCUACAGGAAGUGGGAAAACUCUACCCACUGGAAAUAGUGUUUGGAAUGAAUGGAAGAAUAUGGGUGAAGGCAAAAACCAUUCAGCAGACCUUAAUUUUGGCAAACAUUUUAGAAGCUUGUGAACAUAUGACAGCAGAUCAAAGAAAACAAAUCUUCUCCAGUAAAACAUGUUCAUCAAAGAAAGUGUAGAAUACAUAAAAAGUAUGAAGCAGCAAACAAAAAUCACUUGUAAUCCUAUUAGGUAGUGGUGAGUAUAUAACAGCUAACAAUUAUCAUAUAUUUACAAAUCAA